UGUCACAAUUCUAUAACAUCACUGUGGAGGACUGGAUCAACGCUCUAAAACAGUCCGUUGCGGCUGAAAAUACAGCCCCUUGGUUUGGAGACACGACUCCGCCGCGUGAGAGCCCUCAUUAUGAGCGACGCGAGCCAUUCUGAAGCAGAUAAGGUUUUAAGAGCUAAAGCUCGAGCGCAUGAAUCCCACGCCUGCUACCCAUGCAGAAAACGCAAAGUGAAAUGCGACGGGAGUAAACCGUGCACAACCUGUCAAAAGCGAAAACACCCCCAAAUUUGCCAGUACGAUUUCUCUGGCGGUUCGCCACGCAGGUCGGCUGCCUCGGCAGCCCGUAAAACUCCACCAAGAUCAACAUCGUCCCCUUCGACACGAGCACGGGACACAGUCACGAAUGAAGUAUUGUCGCGGCAGGACGGCGGCUCCAACAAUUAUGUCUACUCCGGCGGUAAUUCGUUUGUUUCCAUCUUAGGGCUGCAGGCAUCCAACGCCAACGACUCGGUAGCCCGAGAACUGGGCUCGGUGCUCGGUUUACAGAAUACGCUCAGCAGCUACCCAUUCAUGGAUCCCAAAACAAAAGAUGAGAAAUGGGAGACUUUGUUGGCGGUACUGCCUCAGAGAACCGAGGUCUUGAAAUUUUUCCACUACUACCAGGUUACCGCGUACCCAUUCAACCCAAUAGUAGCAGACAUGGGUAAAUUCGAGUCUGAGGUGUGCGCAUACCUCAAUGCUCACGCUACGGGAGAAUUUUGCGACCCAAAGAAGAUUAGCGACAGUUGGAUUACCGACAAGUCCGUCGGCCAUAUCAGUCUCCUGCUGGCCACCUUAGCUGCAGGGGCACACUUCUCUGACAUGGAAUAUCCACAGCGCUUGAAAAUUACUAUCGAUUUCGCCCGCCGGUCAUUUGAUUGCCUACGGCUAGCAAACUUCCUUUUUCAACCAUCUCUGGAUAUCAUCCAGGCCCUACUGAUAUUAGGCAAUACUAUGCAGAAUAUGGGGCAGUCGGAUGCGGCUUGGGCAUUGCUUGGCACGACAGUUCGCCUAGCUCAGACCAUGGGCUUGCACACAGAGCGGAGCACUGUUCACUGGCCGGAGUAUGUGCAAACAAAAGCAAGAGCUCUUUGGUCAGCAAUAGUCUGGCAAGACAGCCUUCUUUGCCUCUGCUAUGAUCGCCCUCCCAUGGUGUCGGUUAUGGAAUGGCCCCUCGAAAAUUCGUUCCUUGAACGGCAAGAUCUUUCAUACACCGAGGUCAUGCACUUAAUCUGCCGAUUAGGCCUAGAAAUCAUGCGACCUAAUUCUCUCGGUGUUGCGGAGGUACAACGCGCUAUCGACGACCUGCAACGGUUAGACAAUAUAGGUCAACACGGUCUCUCUUACCUCCGGGCCCGAGAAAAGUGUGCAACAUUGCAGCAACACCUUGAACAUUUAGCCUGGAAGAUGCACACAUCUUUCUGUGUUUCCGUCAUCUGUCGCCCGGCUAUGAGGCGGUCCCCUCCACAACCCGUCCUCCCAGAAAACGACAUUCUUCGAGCGCGUGCCAAAGCUAGCCUGGUCGACGCUUCUAAAUCAUUCUUAAAUUUCCAGGCCCUCAGCAUCGUCCCAUUACGGAGCUGGUCAAUGGUGCACACUGUUCUUAGCUCAACAUUACUUCUUUGUAUAUGGGAAGAGACUCGCAAUGAUCCCGAGUGCCGCAGCCUACAGCAAAGGGUCAUUGAUGUCUUCUCAUCAUCUGAUUCCCGGAAUUCCGAAGACAGCGGUUCAUUCAUGGAUGAAGAUAAUCAGUGGCUGUCCGCUCGGCACAUCCGGGCUCUGGUUACUUUGCGAAGUGUUUUGGACCGUGAAGGAGGUACUGCAAACCUGACAAAUGACGAACGUGUCGUGUUCAACAUCAAUAAUACUAUGCCUCAACUGGAAAACUGGCCGGAGUCACACCUCGACAUGCUAAACCCUCUGGAUAUUUCACCAGUCGCGUAUCUUGAUUCGAUUAUGAAUGUACCGUUGUUCGAUUUUUCAUCGGAGGACUGCUUCCUAUAAACAAGGCUAUCGUAUGCGUCAAGGAAGUCGCAGCUAGUAAUUGCAUAUCUUUUUGUUGACCCGGGCUGACAGAAAAAACGUAUUUGAAAAAAGUAUCAUGUGGGCUUCUCUACCCCAACCGCACGCGCACUCCUGCUCAUUCGCGAUUGCGAGAAGUCCUGAAGCCCGUUAAUAUGAACUUGAAUUAUGUCACUGUUUCUUCUCGCAAUUGUGGUUACAUUAUGUACCUGUUCGUUCAUAUACUCUGCUGUUCUCCAUAUACCGACAAUUUAAAAUGGGAUCGACGUCGUUCCUGUGCUCCUUCUCCUUCUGUUCAGUUGAUUUCUGUGCUUUCGCUAUUAAUCGACUACCGUUGUGCACCCUGAUAUUCACUG